UUGAUUUUGGAGCAACUUUUUUCUCUCCCUAGAUAUGGCUUUGUUGAAUUUGAUGAUGUACGUGAUGCUGAUGACGCUGUUUAUGAGCUAAAUGGCAAAGAUCUUUGUGGGGAACGUGUAAUUGUUGAGCAUGCCCGGGGCCCUCGCCGUGACAGCAGUUACGGUUCUGGACGCAGUGGAUAUGGUUAUAGAAGAAGUGGAAGAGAUAAGUACGGUCCUCCGACCCGUACAGAAUACAGAUUGAUCGUUGAAAAUCUGUCAAGCCGUUGCAGUUGGCAGGAUCUGAAGGAUUAUAUGCGUCAGGCAGGUGAAGUGACGUAUGCUGACGCACACAAAGGGAGAAAGAAUGAAGGUGUGAUUGAGUUCAAAUCCUAUUCUGACAUGAAAAGAGCUCUUGAAAAGUUGGAUGGGACAGAAGUAAAUGGUAGAAAGAUAAGACUAGUGGAAGACAGGCCUGGGUCCAGGCGUCGCCGCUCCUAUUCCCGAAGUCGGACUCAUUCAAGAUCUCGCUCUCGAAGCAGACAUUCACGCAAAAGCAGGAGUCGUAGUGGCAGUACCAAAAGCAGCCAUUCAAAAAGCAGAUCACGAUCCAGGUCUGGGUCCCAUUCCAGAAGCAAGAGCCGCAGUAGAAGCAAAAGUCAUAGCAGAGGCCAAAAGGAAAAAAGCAGGAGUCCAAGUAAAGAUGAUAAAAGCAGAAGCCGCAGCAGAAGUGCAGAGAAAUCCCGAAGUAAAAGCAAAGACAAGCCAGAGGAUGUGGUUCAAAAUGACGAUGAUGACCAAACAAAGAGCAGAAGUCCCAGCAAGGAAAAGAGUAAGAGUAAAAGCAGGAGUAGGAGCGGUAGUAAGGAGAAGGCAGCAGAGGAAGAGGAAGAGGAAGAGAGGGGGAGUGUAAGGGGCAGUAGGAGUAAAGAGAAGGAAAAGAGUGUCAGCAAGGCUAGGAGCAGGAGCAAAGAGGGGAGCAGGAGCAGGAGCCGUAGCAAGAGCAAGGAUAAGAGGAAAGGGAGGAAAAGAAGCAGGGAUGCCAGUAGGAGCAGGAGUAGAAGUCGCAGCAGAAGUGAGAGAAGCAAGAGGCGGAGUAAGCGCGAUAGCAAAUCUAGCAGCAGCAAGAAGAAAAAAAGAGAGGAUCAAGAACGUUCAAGGUCUAGAUCUAGAUCCAGAUCUCGAUCCAAGGAAAAGGAACAUAUGAAAAUAGAACCUGUUACAAAGGAAGUAAAAAGUGCAGAUGAGGAAAUGGAGGACACCAGGGGUAAGUCCCGGUCAAGGUCAAAUUCCAAAUCUAAACAAAAUGUAAAAUCGGAAUCUCGUUCCAGAUCCAAAUCAGUUUCAAAAACAAGAUCCCAAUCCAAAUCUAGAUCGAGGUCUGCCUCUAGAUCACAUUCACGAUCUAGGUCACGGUCUCGCUCGAGAUCCUAAAGUUGCUGCAACCACACUUAGAGCUCUAUGAGAAGUCUUUUGUACAUGUUUGGUAGUUGUAGCACAAGUGAUUGGAGUAGAACACGUCACUGCUGUACAUUUUUAAUACCCUCCCCCCAUGGUGUAUCUGUAAGUGUUCAGUCCAGUGCUCUUUCUCUCUUGCCUAUUCUGAUAUUAGAGGCUGAGAGCCUUGCUGGAGCACCACACAUCAUCCUGGGUUUCCAGAAUAGCAAUAGAGAAUGAGCACUACACUUUGAUGGGCUUCUAAGAUUGGAAUGAUGACUCCUAGGUAGGUAUGGUAACUUCAACAAUUUGCCCUUAAAUGAUGCCCUUUGAUGUAUGCCAUUUAGUGAAAAGUGAAAAGUCUUAAAUUUCAUAUUACUUUUUUUGUUUCAUAAUUCCGACUUUCAGAGUUUGUGAAUAGCACAGUCAGGAAACUAGAUACCUACAAUGAACAAUAGGAAGGGAAGGGGGGGAAAGUAGACUUCCACAUUCUGGUAUUGUGACAAUAUCCUUGUUUUAUAUUUUUUUUAUUUUUCCCUGUCUUGCAAAGUACAGUGGUCCCUGUUUCCAUUAAAUUUGAAUAAAGACUAUUUUUGCUUGAC